UAUUUCUGAAAUAAAUUGAAAAUCUCUGUCAAAACUUAUUUCCAAAAACUGAAUCAAAUUUCAGCUUUCAAGAACUUUUACAGCUCCGAGUUCAUCGUUCCCUCUUCGUGAAAAAUAUCUUAUCUUCUAACGCGUAGCAAGCAUGGAAAGGUUUCGAACUUCUAGUCCUUUAACUUCUACUCCAAGAAGGGGAAUACCUCGAUCAACUAGAAGGUCACCCCAUCGUUUAUCACCUGCCUCCUCUAGAAGCUCUCCAGCCAUUCCAAGCACUUCGCAUCAAAUACCAACACAAUCUCCCAUUGACAGAUCUCGGUCCCCAGAGGCAUUAAGAAAAUCCCCUUUUCUCUCACCACAAGAUCAUAUUCGCAGAACUGUUUCUCCAGAAACAUCACCAAAAUAUCUUAGAAUUCCAUCUCCAGGAACACCAUUACAAUAUUCCUUAGCUUCAUCUCUAGGUGGAUCAACACAAUCACCUGGAAGUCCAAUAGAAUAUCCUGGAAGUCCAAUAGAAUCUCCGGGAGGUCCAAUAGAAUCUCCGGGAAGUCCAAUAGAGUCUCCUGUCGCUAGAACUCCAAGUCCGAGACCAAGAGCACGACGACGCUUAUAUAAAACUCCAUCCCCUGUAAGACCUGAGCUCAUAACUCCAAGUCCGAAAACUCCUCCUUGGGAGACGGCUUUUAGACGCGCGCUGUAUCCUACACCACCGCAACCUCCUACUCCUCCGAGUCCUGAUACUCCAAGUCCCGCUCGUCCGACUGCAAGUCCUAUUCAUCCCAUUCGUGGGCUUCCAUUCACUUCAAGACAAACAAUCUCUCCAGAACGUGAAUCACUUUUUGAAUUCGGAUCAGAUUUUGUACGCCUCAAACGCCUUCCACGGAUUCCUUUGGAGCAAAGACAGGGAACGCCUCCUGAUCAGAAAUAUCAUUAUGCUAGUCCUGGAGUCACUCCACAGAUAAUUGUUUCAGAAGAUUCGUCAAUAGAAGAUGAGAAUAUUCCUCCGGAAUUCCGUGGUCUGGUUCCUGCUUAUGAAACGGAAAAAUUAUUCUGCCCCAGGGAAUUAGAAGGCAAACCUGAACAUGAAGAACUUCUUUCAUUGAUGAAGAAGUUUUAUGAAGGCGAUUACGAAAAUAUCAAGGAAGCGAUCAGAGAACUUGCGAAAAAGUAUAUACCACAAAUGAGAGGAGAAAAAAACACUAUAAUGAUUCUUAAAGCUUUGGAAAAUUACAUUGAAGGUCUUCUUGUAACUAUUCAUACGCAUGAUCAAUCAGGAAGAUCUGAACUGUUGAAAAUGGCUCAAGAGCGUAUGAAUGAAUUGAGGUCUGAGUUUAUGGAGGAGAAGGACAACUUUAACAGAUAUAUCGAAAUGUUGGAAAGUAAACUGAUGGAGGAAGCUAGAGACAACAGAAGACUGGUCGGGAAAGAAAUCGAAUUAGAAUCGCAAUUGAGAAGUUUACAGGAGAAAAUGGCUCAACCUUUAGUUGUAGAGCGGGAGGAAUAUGAGAAGUACGAACAGGAACUGGAAUUGGUGGAAUCAAUAAUAUUAGAAGGAAAACCACGAUCUACGGUGAUAGCUUUAAGAUAA